AAGGAGGAGAGAGAAAGCAAAUGAUGCGAAUGUAUACUGUUGUUCCUUUUCUUCAUUUUUUCCCCUUUCGUUUUAUUUUUCUUUGAUGGCGAUGGAAUCUACAGACGAAGAGACUCAACAGUACACUCUCUGCAAGCACAAAACCCUCUGAUUAUCUAUUGAUAUUUCCUCUUUCUUCUCUCUUUCAUUCCAACCCUUGGUGAUCUGUAAGUUUAUUUUUUCAUUUAUUAUUCACAUUCAAAUCAAUCCAUCCAUUAGAGUAUUUCGUCGUCUUCUUCUUCUUCCCAUAACUAGGGUUUAUCUAUUGAUUUUUCGAGAAUUUCUGAUUCUAUUUGUUUGUUGACUCGAUAUUUUGGAUCUAGCACCUAGGGAUUUGUAUAUUUUUCAAGUUUAGAAAGGGUUUAAAAAGUUAGGGUUUGAAGUGGACGACUAUAUUCAUCGACUUCAGGUAGCUGGAAUUGUAACUGCAGCGUUAUUGAGUACACGUAGUUGAAAAUGGGUGAAAAUUUAGAUGUCAUUUUGGAUUUCCUGCGAAGAAAUCGAUAUACUAGGGCUGAAGCUGCUUUGCUCGGGGAACUUACAAACCGUAGUGAUUCUAAAGGAUCCCUUCACAACCCUAACUCAGAGGAAAGAAACUCUGCUGCUUAUCCAUUGGACGAAGACAAGGAGGAAAAGAGAGUGAUGAAAAGAACUGGUUCUCGAAAUAAUAACGAAGUUUCUAAAGAACUGAUUAUUAAGGAGAUAGAGUACGGUGGAGGAGCUAGUAAAAAUGGUUCUGAAAGUAAAUGGAAAACUACUUUUGCUGGGGAAAGAAAUAAACCUAACGAAUCAAUUGAGAAAAGUUUACAAGGUUCUGAAGGCACUUCAGAAGAUCUAUACUCCUGGAAACUAAGUCCCACUAAUGGUCCCAUUGAUCUGCUUCAGAAGGAUAGUGUCAAUACCGUGAAUAAGUUUUCAGAGCUCCAAAUAACUGAACAAUCCAAAUACUUGGCAGUAAUUGAUAGUCAGUCAAGUGACCAGAAAGUAUUGUGGCAAGGUAGCUCAAGCAAACCUGAUCUUGAAUUGAAGCGUGAACAGAAUAAAGGUAGUAAUCGUAAGAAAGUCGACCAAGGAUCUAAGACUGAUAAUUUAACAGAAAACCCAUGGUCAAAAACUGACGAAACUACAAAGUCUUCUUCGGAUCAGUGGAAGGAGUGUUCUGUCAAGACUGUUUUUCCCUUUCCCAAGGGAGAUUCUUUGCCAAAUUAUGAUACUAUUGUUAGUUCUGGCGAUAUUAGGAAGGAAGGGAAGAGGAAAUUGGAAAACAAUGAUAUUAGAAUGGCAAUCAAGGAGGAGGUGGAUGAAAUCGGAAGAUCGCUGUUCUUCAGAAAUACUCAAGGAGGUUUGGAAGAUAAAAGUAUUGGCACCUUAGAUUUAACACUUAUGACCGAGCAUCACAAGGAAGAGUUGCCGAGGUUGCCACCUGUUAAACUGAAGUCCGAAGAUAAGCCAGUAAAUGUACAUUGGGAAGAAAAAUUUGAUCGACAACCGAAGUUCAGCAGUGCAGACAAUACCUUUAUGAUUGGGUCUUUUCUGGAUGUUCCAGUUGGGCAAGAAAUUAACUCUUCAGGUGGAAAGAGAACUGUUGGGACCAGCUGGUUGUCUGUUAGUCAGGGCAUUGCUGAGGAUACUUCUGAUUUGGUUUCCGGUUUCGCAACUGUUGGUGAUGGGUUGAGUGAUAUGAUCGACUAUCCCAAUGAAUAUUGGGACUCUGAUGAAUACGACGAUGAUGAAGACGUUGGGUACAUGAGACAGCCUAUUGAGGAUGAAACCUGGUUUCUGGCUCAUGAGAUUGAUUAUCCGAGUGACAAUGAAAAGGGAAUUGGGCAUGGCAGCAUUCCAGAUCCACAAGAACUUCGUCCAAGCAAAGAGGAGGACGAUGACCAAUCAUUUGCUGAGGAAGAUUCUUACUUUUCUGGCGAGCAAUAUUUCCAAGCAAAAAAUAUUGAGCAGGUUGCUGCUCCAAAUGAUCCCAUGGGAAAUUCCAUGGCUAAAACAUAUAGAAGGAAUAAUGAACAUGAUUUAAUAGCUCACUAUGAUGGUCAACUUAUGGAUGAAGAAGAACUGAAUUUGAUGAGGGCAGAACCUGUUUGGCAGGGAUUUGUUACUCAAACUAAUGAACUUGUCAUUUUGGGGAAUGGGAGAGGUCGGGAUGAGUGUGAAAGGCCUGGGCCUGAUGACCUUUGUAUUGAGGAAGAUCAGCAUGGCUCAGUUAGGUCAAUUGGUGUGGGGAUCAGUAGUGAUGUUGCUGAUAUUGGCAGUGAAGUACGUGAAAGUUUGGUUGGAGAAAGCAGUGAAGGCGACCUGGAAUAUUUUCAUGAGCAUGAUAUUGGUAUCAGUGGAUCUAGGCAAUAUCAGCCAGACACAGAAAAAAAGUAUCUUGAUAGAUCAAAAAGAGAUAAAGGGAAGACAGCUAAAGAAAAUUCUUAUAAAUAUAUUACGGGACAUGAAAAGGGCAGUCAUACAUUUGGAACAAAUACUGAAGGUGGGUUUUCUUUUCCACCACCAUUGAGAUCUGGAGAUUUGUUACAGGGAGAGCUCACUAAAUCUCCUUGGUCAAACAAGUGUAAAAUGGUUUGUAGAAAUAAAACAAAUGAUUGUGAUAAUGGUUUGAUUGCAGCAACUGAUGAUGUGCUUCCCACGUGGAGGCGCAAGAGCACCACCUCUUCACCUGUCAAAAGCCUGGGGGAUGAAAAUAAUAAUGACGUACUAUCAAGAAACUCCACUGAUUCUACAGUGUCGAAUGAUGUUGAAAGAGAGCAUAUGAUCAAAGGUGAAGAUGAAGCUAGAGAAGAGGAUCCAGGGACUACUUUGGAAGAUGAAGAAGCAGCAGCUGUGCAAGAGCAAGUUAGACAGAUAAAAGCUCAGGAGGAGGAAUUCGAAACCUUCAAUCUCAAGGUCGUGCAUAGGAAAAACAGAACUGGGUUCGAGGAGGAUAAAAAUUUCCAUGUUGUUCUAAACUCAGUUAUUGCUGGGCGUUACCAUGUUACGGAAUAUCUUGGAUCGGCUGCUUUUAGCAAAGCUAUUCAAGCACAUGAUUUGCACACAGGCAUGGAUGUUUGUGUGAAAAUUAUAAAGAACAACAAAGAUUUUUUCGAUCAGAGCCUUGAUGAAAUAAAGCUUCUCAAGUUUGUCAACAAGAAUGAUCCUGGUGACAAGUACCAUCUUCUCCGUUUGUAUGAUUACUUCUAUUAUCGGGAGCAUCUAUUGAUUGUAUGUGAACUUCUCAAGGCCAAUUUGUAUGAGUUUCACAAGUUCAAUAGAGAAUCUGGAGGAGAGGUUUACUUCACUAUGCCUAGGUUACAGUCAAUUACGAUUCAGUGUUUGGAGGCACUUCAAUUUUUGCACGGCCUUGGACUUAUUCAUUGUGAUUUGAAGCCUGAAAAUAUAUUGGUGAAGAGCUACAGUAGGUGCGAGAUAAAGGUCAUCGAUUUGGGAAGUAGUUGCUUCCAAACCGAUCAUCUUUGCUCGUAUGUGCAGUCUAGGUCUUACCGUGCACCAGAGGUUAUCAUGGGACUUCCGUAUGAUAAAAAAAUCGAUAUCUGGUCUCUUGGCUGUAUCUUGGCAGAACUGUGUACUGGAAAUGUUCUUUUUCAAAAUGAUUCUCCUGCAACACUACUUGCACGUGUGAUUGGAAUAAUAGGUCCCAUUGAACAAGGCAUGCUUGCCAAGGGACGGGAUACAUACAAAUAUUUCACGAAAAAUCAUAUGCUUUAUGAACGGAAUCAGGAAACCAACAGGUUAGAAUAUCUGAUACCUAAAAAAUCAUCUCUGCGGCAUCGGUUGCCAAUGGGUGAUCAAGGUUUCAUAGAUUUUGUUGCUCAUCUCCUUGAAGUAAACCCAAAGAAGCGGCCAACUGCCUCCGAAGCUCUGAAGCAUCCAUGGCUCUCCUAUCCGUACGAACCCAUCUCAUCUUGAAUGGCCAUAAGCGAUCCUAGUGAAGGAAUUGACAUUUUACAGUGUGCCCUAGAAUGGGUAGGAUUGGGUGUUUUGACGAGGAUUCAAAAUUGGCGGUCAUGGAUGAUCAUUAGUAAAGCAACAAAAGAAGUUGGGGAACGAGUCUGCAUUCUCAAACGUUUAACUUGUCAAAUGGGAAGGUGUAUUUACUUCUGUUGAUGGUCUUGAUAUCCCUCUAUCCUGCACCCAAAUUACCAAGCUGUAACUUAUUUCACCUCUAAGCUGUAACUUCAUAAUGUUUUUCUCGGAUGCACAGGAGCCUUUUACAGUUUUAUGGUUUGCCUGAUGCUUGUCCUGGUGAGGUAGGGAUUAUUAAUCCUGUUGUAUAUUUGAUUGUGAUUAUUAAGUAGGCACCUUGCAAUUCCUUGCUUAUCGAAACUUUUGGUUGGUUUUAGACAAUUGAAACUUUCGAUUUUUUGAGCAAGGAUUUGACUGUAGUCUGUAGGGAUAAAACAGUUCAUUUGUGACCUUCAUGUAUUUUUGUAUUUUACAGGGUAAUGCUGCCAUUUUAUCUUUUUCAGGA